AUGGAGAGCCCACAAGACCACCAGACUGAACGACCAAGUCCAACCACUACGACAUCUCUACUCUACAUAAUACCCACCGAGCUACGUUUGAAAAUAUUUGCCUUGUGCAUCCCCCGAAAAUGCGCCAUCCAAGUGACAAAUGCGAUGUAUCGACCAUAUGGCGUCGAACCUGUGGUUUCCACGCGUGACCCGUCCCUUCGAGACAGGUUCUCCAACACUACUCCUCUCUGGACUAACAUCUUGCAUGUUUCCAAACAAAUGAGUAAUGAAUGCUUGGACAUCCUUUAUGGUGAGAACUUGUUCGAAGUCUACCUGGACAAAGGAGUCGAAGCUACACUCAAGAAAACAUUCAGCAAAGAGAAUAUCCAGCGAAUCCGAUCAAUUCUCGCCAUUGCCCCCGGCCCAUGUUUCAGCGGGGAACUGAACCCACCCGACAUUCCUUUCUGGGCCAUGAUGAUCCCAAACCUGAAGAUGUUUGGAUGGGUGACCGAACCAGACAAGAGAGCUGAGUAUCUCACGAGCAAUUUUACGAUGAUGCAAGGGUUGGAGGGCUGGAAGGAGUGGAUGGAGGCCUACUUGGACUGCUUCGGUGAAUUUAUGAUGCCCGGGGUGGAGUUCAAAAUGAGACUUGAGAAUGGAGAUGGUGAAUACAGGCGGAUUGGGAGGGUUUCUUUCCGGCGAGGACCUUUCUUCAAUAAGGAUGGAGAGUAG